AUGGCAAUUAGUGAGGACGAUUUAAUUUCGCUUUCCUUCCAGAGCGCUGCCGUACUUAUAGCUGGCCUUCCCUUAUCCGGCUUUGUAUUAUGUAUAUUCUUUUCUCUGAUAUUGCAUUAUGAGCAAACAACUAGAACGCACUGUGGCGUGGAUAACUGGUUACCGUCUGUCUCGGCAGCUGUUUCAAGCUACUCACCUGAAAUCUAUAUUUGGCGAGUAUUUAUAGCCAUUCACGGAGGGCCAAGGCUAGCUUUAGCCAUCGCUUACAGAAACUUUCUACUUUCUUCGCCGCUUCGACCGUUGACCAACGUUUCGUUGUUUCGAAUCAUCUGCCAGUUGGGGUGCGUGAUCAACCUUGCAGAAAACUUAUUUCUCCUGGGGCUGACUUCAAUUUCCUCAAGGGAGAACCAUGAAGCCCACAAAGUAUGCUUCGUGGGAUUCGUGAUCUCCAGCUUGCUCUAUAUGUGUCUUGCCACAUGGCUGUUCAGCCUGUCCGGACGACGACGUACCACUAGCCUGGGUGAAAGCUCUUAUGAGUAUAAAAUCCUGGCAUCGGCUGUGGCCAUCAUAUCGAUGACUAUAGCAUCGUACCUCUACUGGCGGCAUAAUGCCUACUGCGAACCUGGCGUUUACACGAUUUUUGCUCUGGCGGAAUAUAGCUUUGUCCUCUCGAACAUUGCUUUUCAUUUCACUUUGUAUUAUGAUUUCCAAGGGACUAUGGUCUACUUCGUUUGUGGCCGCUGCAACGAUUCGCUGAAGAAGCAACAAGUACAGACGCACGAAUACAAAUGUCACUCGAACCAAUACUCGUGUGUUGAUUGUCAGGCCGUUUUCAAUGCCAAGAGCUACGAUGAGCACCGAAAAUGCAUCACGGAGAACGAGAAAUAUGGUGGGAAGAACUUUGUUGCGAAAGUGAAUAAGGGCGAAGCCAAGCAAAAUGAAUGGACCGAUCAAGUUGAGAGGGCAAUUUCUGCCGUGACUGAGCCCGGGCUAAAGGACUUGCUACAGCGCAUCACCGGCUUCUCCAAUAUCCCUCGAAAAGAAGCCAAGUUCAUCAACUUUUUGAUGAAUUCAAUUCGGAUCCAUAAUCGAAGCUUGUGCGAACGAGCGUGGGCCGCUAUUUCGGAGGAAGCCAGCAAGAUCCAGAAAGAACAAGCCCUCGCCAAGCAGCAGCGUGACGCCGCGGUCGAUGCGCAAAAGAAGGAAGCCGAAGCUAGCGAAAUCGCCAAAUCGGAAGCGGUAAAGGAAGAGGAUGGAGUACAGCGUAACGGGUCUUCCGGAAAAUCGAUCCCGUCUCUAAAAUGGCGAGCUUCGAUAAAGCGGAAGCUUGGCGAGGCCGGUGGAGAGAUGCAGGUGAAAAAGUUGAAAAAGGCGAUGCUCGGCGAAUUUAUCGCGGCCGGAGGGGAGAAAAAGGACUUUGAAGAUGUCUUCCUCUAUAAGCUCGGAAAGUCUGGAGUCGACAUCAAGGACGAGGCGGUGCGGCUUUGUGCGGCUAAA